AUGGGACAACAAACAUUGAUCUACAGCUUUGUGGCACGAGGCACUGUAAUAUUAGCAGAAUACACAGAGUUUACAGGCAAUUUCACCACCAUUGCCUCUCAAUGCCUACAAAAGCUGCCCGCUUCCAACAACAAAUUCACUUACAAUUGUGAUGGACAUACAUUCAAUUACCACGUUGAGAAUGGAUUCACCUAUUGCGUUGUUGCUGCUGAAGCUGCAGGCAGACAACUUCCCAUCGCCUUCUUAGAGCGGAUCAAGGAAGACUUUCACAAGAGAUACGGUGGAGGAAAAGCAUCAACUGCCAGUGCUAAGAGCUUAAACAAAGAGUUUGGGCCAAAACUGAAAGAGCACAUGAAGUAUUGUGUUGAUCAUCCAGAAGAGAUCAAUAAGCUUGCAAAAAUUAAAGCUCAAGUUUCUGAAGUGAAAGGAGUGAUGAUGGAAAACAUUGAAAAGGUUCUUGAUCGUGGAGAAAAGAUCGAGUUAUUAGUCGAUAAAACCGAAAACCUUCGAUCGCAGGCUCAAGAUUUUAGGCAACAAGGUACUAAGAUGAAAAGAAAAAUGUGGGUGCAGAAUAUGAAGAUGAAGUUGAUUGUGGCUGGUAUUAUACUAGCAAUUCUUCUAAUCAUCAUACUGUCUGUAUGUCCUGGUUUCAAAUGUUUUUGA